GCGGCAGCCUGUGCGCCAUGGCGGCCGAGGGCUGCGAGGAGGCCGAGCUGACGCGGAAGCUCCAGGACAGCCGCCAUCGCUUCCAGAGGCGCAUGCAGCAGCUGAUAGAGAAGUACAACCAUCCCUUCGAGGACACGGUGCUGGUGGAGAUGGCCACACUGACCUACCAGACGCCCCAAGGAUUGAGGCUGUGGGGUGGAGGACUGAUACAGGAAAGAAGCAAAGGACAAAUCCAGGUUGAGGGAUCCCCUGUGACGCCGGUCAGCUGGGUGGACAGCCCUGGGCGAGCUGUGUCCGAAGAUUCAAAAAACAAUGACUUCGAUGCAACUUUUGACCAGGGAGACGAGGUUGCCGUGGCGGUGAUGCCUGCAGUGCUUCAGAGCCCUUUGAAAAAUGAGUUACGAAGGAAAUACCUGACCCAAGUGGACAAACUGCUGCAACGUAAAAGGUUUUCACAGCAUGCAGAUAGCAUAGGCCAAGAGAACACCCAGAUGACCCUGAUCCCUUCCUUGGCCGAGCCUGUCUGUGAAGACUACGGUAAUGUCUCUGCAAAGAACCCUGGUGGCCCCGUUCAGUCAGCGUCAUCUCUCAGAGAAUGUGACCCCUCAGCCGACUUGGCAGUGGUGCCUAGAAGUGACAGUUUUGUGUCACAGGUGGCCAGUAGCCACAGCUCCUUAAGCAGCCAACCCUUUGAGGUCGAGGAUGUUUGUGAUGUGACCAUCAGUGACUUGUACGAGGGCAUGCUGCACUCCAUGAGCCGCCUGCUGAGUGCGAAACCGUCCUGCAUCAUCUCCACCAAGACCUUCAUCCAAAACUGGCACUGCAGGAGGAGGUCCGGAUGGAAGAGCAGAAUGAACCGAACAUACUGCAAAGGGGGCAGACACACCCAGAGGGGCCCCGAGGAGCAACGCUCACCCUACUCCAAACCUGCAAAAGAGGUGGGGACACUGAACGAUCCCAAGAACUCGCUGGAUGUUUCUUGCCGUGAGAGGGGUUUUCGGUUGAAGAAAGCCCUUCUUGAAGUAAACAACCGCCAAGUUCAUGAAUUAGUUCCAACCUGGAAGGACCCUAAAGUAACUCCUCAGAAGUAUUCUUUGUUGACGUAUUUGGACUCCAGUGCUGUGUAUGAUCUUGAUCAGGAGAAUAGACUUAUGACACUAAAAUGGUUAAUUUCUCCUGUAAAAAUCAUGUCCAAAUCCAGAACUCUACGGGGCCUUGGGGGCAGCCAUCACAGAGAGAUCGAAGUCAAGUUUGACAAGCUGCAUCGGGAAUACUGUCCAAACCCCGUGAGCCAGGCUUGCCCCCCAGGCCCCUGGGCUGUGGAUGCAUACAGAGGUGGCCCUGCAAGCCAUGGCUGCCUCCAGGGCUUGGAAACGCACCAGUCAAGUAUAUCUGUCCCACAAAGGCUACAUGAGGGUUUGGAAAAACCAGGGGAAAAGUCUAUCGAAGGGAGUGGAUGGCUGCCAAAGCGUGAUUCCUCUUCCUUGCUUCUUUCCAAGAUUGGGCCAGUGCAGAGCACAGUCCAUGCUGAGCGGGCGGUGGACAGUCUUCUCCAAGGAAGCAGACUUGGAAUGUUUAGAAGGUCACUGACACCCACAAAAGCCAUUUCAAAGCCAGAUAUACAACCUCUGGGCUGUAGAAGGAAUCGUUUUGAUGACAUUAAAGAAAGAUUUGACAGGCUUCAUCAGGAAUAUUGCCAAAGAUCACCCCAGCAGAUGAAAGAGACUUUCUGUGCUGGGCAGUCUCCAGACAGAGCCAGUGUAGAAGCUCAGUAUAAAAAAGACUUCCGAGGGAAAACGGCCACAGAUUCUGCCUUACAGAGUCCCCAGAAGUCAUCGUCCUUACCCCUGUGGAGCAUAAAAAGUCCAUCGGGCUCAACUACAAUUGGGAUUCAUCCAUUGACAUGCAUAACUCACAGUCCCAGAAGAGACCACCAGUCACCUGCAAAAAGACGCAGAUUAUCAGACCCUCAAGUAUGUGGACGGUGGGCUGAGUCCUGGAACUCCACAGGUGUGGACAGAGCCAUCCCAAGUCCAAGGAAAGAAAUCAACCCUUUGCGGCUGGACUUGGAAGAGAAGUUCAGCCAUGUAGCGGGGACCUCAGCUUUACAGAGACUGCUGCAGGGUCCAACCAACUUACCUGCUUUGAGCAGUGUCACAAAGCCAGGACCGAGAUGGGACUUGGCCCCUGUAUCACCCAGCAGGGUCACCCAGCACUCUGGGAUUUGUUCAACUCUCAUCGUGGCUACCAUGGACACCACCCGAAUUUUGUCUCAAGCCAUGAUGAAAGAAGAGCCCAGGAUGGAAGAGAAAAGUGAUUCCGUGUUAGAAGAAUUCAGCACUACAGCUCUAUAACCUGGCUGUUCUGGAGUGUUGUUCCUCUUGCCCCCUGCUCUCUUACUUUUCUUUUUUUUUUUUUUAAUUCUUGAGAAAGUGUGAGAAUUUGGGUGAUUUUAUCUUCCUUGCAAAGCAAGCAUCAAUGAAAUUGGUUCCGUCAGAAAUGACUCCGAGUUCUUUAGCAAAUAAAUAAAGUUGCUCAUUUAAAAUUUUAAUGUUACCCUUUAUAGGCCCAUUAUGCUCAUGUUUUAAAAAUUUGGCAUGUCCAAAGAAUUCUCCCUACCAGUUCCAAUUUUGUUAGAAAAUAUUGUUUGCUUAUGAGACCUAAGUUUAAGCCCCAGAUAGGAUGAUCCUUGAACGAAAAUACAGCUGCUUAGUCUUUUAAAGAAGGAGCCCUGGUGGCCCAGUGGCUGACUACUUGGCUGCUACCCAGAAGGUCAGCGGUUUGAACGUGGCAGUUCUGUGUCCUAUAGGGUCACUCUGAGUCAGAAUCAAUUAAACAAGAAUGGGUUGUUUGUUGGGUUAGUCUUUUAAAGGAGCCCUCGUGGCGCAGUGGUUAAGCGCUCUGCUGGUGCUCUGCUCCCAUAAAGAUUACCAAAAAGUCCUAGGAAACCUUAUGCAGCAGUUCUCCUCUGUCAUUACAGGGCUGCUAUGAGUUAGAAUUAACUCAACAGCAACAGAUUUGGGUUUUUGUUUUUUGGGUUUUUUUAGUCUUAAAUUCAGCCCCCAUGGGGACUUGAUAUCUUCCGUAUUAGGAGAUACUCAUAAUUUACCCAUUGAUAAUACUUCCUACCAUCUUCACAUUUUGAGGUGAAAACGCAUUGUAUUUGAACAGUCCGAUGACGGUCCCAAACCACUCUUGCAGCCACCCUUCGUGACAUCUGACUGUAUUGGAACUGUUUACAAAUAGGAAAUCAGUGACUUGUUUAUGAAGCAUUUCAAAUAUGCAGGAAGCACUUAGAAAACCCAUGUACUAACCAUCUAGAGCAGAGCUACCAUUGUUCUCUUUGUUUCUUUAAUAGAAGGUGUCGUAGUCGUCUAGUGCUGCUAUAACAGAAAUACCACAAGCGGAUGGCUUUGACAGCAGGAAUUUAUUCUCACAGUCUAGUAAGCUAGAAGAACAAAUUGAGGGCACCAGCUCUGGGGAAAUCUUUCUUUCUCUGUUGGCUCUAGAGGAAGGUCCUUGUCAUCAAUCUUCCCCCAGUCUAGGAGCUUCUCAGCACAGGGACCGUGGUCCAAAGGACACACAUUGCUCCUGGCACUAUUUUCUUGGUGGUAUGAGAUCCCCCCCCAUCUCUGCUCGUUUCUCUUUUAUAUCUCAAAAGAGAUUGAUUUAAGAUACAGUCUUAUCUUGUAGGUUAAGUCCUGCCUCAUUAAUGUCAUAGAGGUAGGAUUUACAACCCAGGAAAAUCACAUCAGAUGACAAAAUGGUGGACCAUCACACAAUACCGGGAAUCAUGGCCUAGCCAAGUUGACACACAUUUGGGGGGUUGCAAUUCAUGACAGAAGAUUAGAGAUAACAUUAGACUGUAUACUUUACCUCCCAGAGGCACUGGCUCUCCUGGUGGGGCUGCAUCCAUCCGUCCAAGUCCUCACACUGGGACCACGGAACCAGUGAGCCACAGAAAGGUGCUGGCUGUGUGACUGCUGGAGACCCGGGUCAAGCCUUCCACCUCGCAUGUGCUUGUUCUUCCUCACAGAACAGGCUAGCAGUGGCCUGCUGGUUCAGGCUCAGCCAGGCCUGUGGAGGCCCCUGCAAUUCUUCUAGAACUUUGCUUUCAUGCUUGCAGCUUCAUAGAGGAGGACAACCUGACCUUUUCUUUUCUUUGGAUAACUAUCAUCUUUGCCCAGAACUGCUGUGCCUUGCCCCUCCCCACACACAGCAGACCUGCACUGAGGGCUCUUUGGCCCGGCCAGGUCCAGCUGCCAGAGAGGCCAGAAAAUAGAGCCCGAUUAUUCCAUCCUCAGGUAGAGGAGUGGAGCCCCUGGGUAGUCCAAACAGUUAACAUGCUUGGCUGAUAAACGCAGGGUUAGAGGUUCCAGUCUACCGCAAAGAUGCCUUGGAAGAAAAGCCUGGCCAUCUACUUCCAAAAAAUCAUACGUUGAAAACCCUGUUGAGCAAUUCUAUUUUGACACAUGGUGCUGCUGUGAGUCAGAAUGGAUUCAAUGGCAACUGGUUUGGGUUCUCGUUUUGUGUGUGUGUGGCUUUUUUUUUUUCUUUAGUAAAGGAAGGUGAGGUAGAAGGUAACAGGAUGGUGGUUAGCCAUUUUAUAUUGUUGCGUGUUGUCAAGUUGAUUCUGACUCAUAGCGACCCUACAGGACAGAGUAGAACUGCCCCGUAGGGUUUCCAAGGCUGUAAUCUUUACAGGGGCAAACUGCCACAUCUUUCUCCCUCUGAGCUGCUGGUGGGUUUGAACCACCAACCUUUCAGUUAGUAGCCAAGCACUUAACCACCGUGCCAUCAGGGUUCUCCAUAUAUAGUUUAUGAGGUCUUUUAUUGCCAGAUCCUAACCCUGGCAAGGAUCCCUGGUACGAAGUGGUUAAGCCCUUGGCUACUAACUGAAAUGUCAGUGGUUUGAACCCACCAACCACUCCUCGGGAAAAGGUGUAGCAGUCUGCUCCCGUGAAAAUUACAGCCUAGGCAACCUUAUCAGGCAGCUCUAUAAGGCCACUGUGGGUCAGAAUCGACUCGAUGGCAGUGGGUUUGGUGUUUUGGUUUAAACUAUAUAGGUUAUGGUCUGUGUGUCACCAACUUUCACAUAAUAACUGCAUACUGUCAGUACUCUGCAGUUUCAUUUCACAAAGACAUUGUUUGCAUUUGAUAACAGCCGAUGCUGGUACGUGUCUCAAGAGUCAUUGAGUACACAGUUAACUCCAUGCCCAUAUUCUGCUCUAGUAGCCGUGCUAAGAACACAUUCACCCAGGAUUCGUGCACGUGUGUAAGAGAUUAUCUGGGCAAAACUUGUUAGGUGCUGUCAAGUUGAUUCCUACUCAUAGCAACCCUACAUACAACAGAACCAAACACUGCCCGGUCCUGCGCCAUCCUCACAAUUAUUGUUAUGCCAGAGCCCAUUGUUGCAGCCCCCAUGUCAAUCCAUUUCAUUGAGGAUCUUCCUCUUCUUUGAUGACCCUCUACUUUAUCAAGUAUGAUGUCCUUCUCCAGGGGCUGUAGAAUACCAGAAAGAUGUUUGCCUGUUCAUUGACUAUGCUAAGACAUUCGACUGUGUGGAUCAUAACAAAUUAUGGAUAACAUUGCGAAGAAUGGGAAUUUCUAGAACACUUGAUUGUGCUCUUGAGGAACCUGUACAAAGACCAAGAGGGACAAACCAUAGAGGUGAAUUAUUGGGGCAGGCGUGUCCUCAACUUCGCUGACUACUGUCAAAUUGCUUUUCCCAUUGCACUCCCCCAGCAGUGUGAGCAUUUCCAUUUCCCCAGGUUACCGCCCCCAGUCACCGCUGGCAGCCUCUGAGGUGGUUGCCAACGUGGUGGGUGUGAUUGGUGUGAUGUGGCCAUUUGUUUUCUCCUAGUGUAACCCGACCCUACGAAUGCCCGGUAAAUUUCCAUUAAACCAGCCCAAGCCAGAUUUGGCCCACCCCGCAUGCACAGAAGGGGCAGCUGUGACCGUUAUUUGGCCUCAACAGAGGAUGCAGCAACAGGUGGAAUGAAUCAGAAGGAAAAUCGUCACCCGGACCCCGUUUCAAAGCAGGAGGUCUGACAAGAACGUGACCUCCUGUUUCCUGGCCACCAUCUUGCUGCCCAAAUCACAUGUAAGCCCUGCUUCCCCAUAGCCUGGGGAGUCGGAUCUGAGGAACUUCCUCCUGGCUCCUUGCUCUGCACAUUGCAAUAAAGUUACUUUUUCUUUGUCAAAAGCCAGUGUCCAGAUUAUUGGCAGGUCUGAGCACUCUGGACAAGGACCCAUCUUCCCGGGUUCGGUAACGCUGGUGACUUGAGAUUGAGUUUGUCCUGGGCAUGCCGGCCUUUCCGCUGUCCACUCCUGGAUUACUCAUGUGCGAUCUGGAGCCUGUUUUUCUGUUUGCUUCACUGCUUCUUACUGAUUGGGGUGUAUUUUGGUACCAAUGCAAUUAUGUGAAUUAAUCCAGUCUUAAAUAAAUUGUAAAUAACUUCUCCCAUCUGUGAUUUAUCAUUUAACUACAGCAUUUUAUUGUACAGAAGUUACAUUUCAGGUAUUUUAAUCUUUUAGUUUUUUGCUUUUGUUUUUCUGGCUUCUGCUAUCUAAAGAAAACCUCCCCUGCCCUCAGGAUCAAAAGUGCCCUUCACUUUCCUAAAAUUUGGGUGUCCAAGCGUAGGGGUCUAAAGCCCUGAAGUGUUUUGCGUGGGUGUGGCGGGAGGUUGUGACCUAACUACGAAUGUGCUGCUGUUGUUCCAGGACAUUUACUGAGAGGCACGCCCACUCCCGGCUCCAGCAGUGGUAUUCAGCACUUCGCAGAAAAGACCUUUACUGUUUGCUCCGUGGGAGCCACAAAACCAUUUGAAAACCACUGUUGGGGUGGAUCACUUGUCUGAUUGGGCUGCUCGAAAGCUCAUGCCCAUUGGUAGGGCCCAUCGGUCAUUGCCUUCCGCAGCUGUAUCAGGAACAAUCCAGAAGUCCCAUUUUCCUGCUUAAGGGACAACCAGUGACUCUGUUCUGGUGAUGACUGAAUGUAGGAAAAGUCUCUCCCAUCCUCUCAUCCCCACCCCAUGUUUCUUGGACAUGGACGAAUUUCUUAUUU